AUGUCGCAUCUUCAGUACUACGCAUAUCCCGGCAAGGGCGAGUCGGCCAGAGAGAACACCAGAUACAGCCAGUCUGUUCGUAUCGGUGACCGCAUUGAGUGUGCAGGCCAAGGUGGAUGGGAUCCCAUGACCAGACUCAUACCCGCAGACAUUGACGCUCAGAUCGACCAAGCUUUCCAGAAUGUGGAACUCGCUCUGAAGACCGCUGGUGGGAAGGGCUGGUCGCAGGUGUUCCGCGUAAACUCUUACCACAUCCCUAUGGACAAUGAGGCCCUGGGUGCUAUGGUGCGGAAUUUCAAGAAAUGGAUGCCGGAUCAUCAGCCUAUCUGGACGUGUGUUGGCGUUGUCAAACUAGGCGAGGAUGCUAUGAGGGUAGAGAUUGAGGUGUCGGCUCAUGAUCCCAAAUAG